GUUGGGGGUGUGAAGAGAGCCAAUCACCUAAACCCUCGCCGAUAAGGAGCUCUUCUCAUGUCUUUGUUCGCAACGAACCUUUUCCUCCUCAGUUGGAGCCCACACACACCUCAUUUCUUCCCAAAAACCCACUUUAGCUGCUUCUUUCCUUGUUUGCUAUAAUCCUCAGCAAAUCUUCUUCCUUCAAUUUUAUCAACAAAAUCCCCACAUUGCCACACACUGCCUAGUGUCCAAGCGUCUGAACCCAAGACUCUCUUUCAGUUCCAAAUGCGUUCGGGAUUCGCUGUUUCUGCAACGCUCUCAGGUUUCUUCCUUGAACCCAGGUCUGUGAAGAACAAUAGGCUGCAGAAUAAGAAAUUUAGUAAUUUGGGUAUUUAAAUUUUCUGAAAAUUCUUCUGCUCGCCUUGCGCCCGGGAUUUGUGUUUAGCUGUUUUAAGAUGGCAACUUGUAUGUCAUCAUAUUUUACGCCUUCUGAUACCAGAAACCAGAUGGAGCUACUAAAUGUCCUUGGAAGAAGAAUAUCAUUGGGGAAUCACCAGAGGAGAGUUAACUCCUUGAAGACGUUUGAUGAUAAGAAUGAGAUGUUGGGUGCAGGCCAAAGAAUUUCAUCAAGAUUACCCCAGUUCAAAUGUUCAGCCAAUUCUCACAGUGUCAGCCCAUACCAUAGCAAGGACCCUUUUCUUGAUCUUCACCCUGAAGUAUCAAUGCUUAGAGGCGAGGGGAGUAGCAAUGUAAGUAGUCCAAGGAAGGAUGCUUCAAGUGGGAGUGUGACUGAAAGCAUAAGAGAUUCAUCUGGUCCAAGCAAUUAUAAUGAAGCCAAGAUCAAAGUUAUUGGUGUUGGAGGUGGUGGGUCUAAUGCAGUUAAUCGAAUGAUAGAGAGUUCCAUGCAGGGUGUUGAGUUCUGGAUAGUUAAUACAGAUGUUCAAGCCAUGAAAAUGUCACCUGUAUAUACUGAGCACCGUUUACAAAUUGGUCAAGAGUUAACUAGGGGUCUUGGUGCGGGUGGGAACCCAGAUAUUGGUAUGAAUGCAGCCAAAGAAAGCAAAGAAGCUAUAGAAGAGGCAGUUUAUGGUGCAGACAUGGUCUUCGUUACUGCUGGAAUGGGUGGAGGAACUGGCACUGGUGGGGCUCCUGUGAUUGCAGGGGUUGCAAAAUCAAUGGGUAUCUUGACAGUUGGUAUUGUUACGACCCCUUUCUCUUUUGAGGGACGAAGAAGGGCAGUUCAAGCUCAGGAAGGAAUUGCAGCUUUGAGAGAUAGUGUUGACACACUAAUUGUCAUUCCAAAUGACAAGUUAUUGACUGCUGUUUCCCAGUCAACUCCGGUAACUGAAGCAUUUAAUCUGGCUGAUGACAUUCUUCGACAAGGUGUCCGUGGUAUAUCAGAUAUAAUUAUGAUCCCAGGAUUGGUGAAUGUGGAUUUUGCUGAUGUGCGAGCUAUCAUGGCCAAUGCGGGUUCUUCAUUGAUGGGCAUAGGAACUGCAACUGGAAAGACCAGGGCAAGAGAUGCUGCAUUAAAUGCCAUCCAAUCACCUUUACUAGAUAUUGGCAUAGAGAGGGCAACUGGAAUUGUGUGGAACAUAACUGGUGGAAGUGAUUUGACUUUGUUUGAGGUAAAUGCUGCAGCAGAGGUUAUAUAUGACCUUGUGGAUCCUAGCGCUAAUUUGAUAUUUGGAGCAGUGAUAGACCCAUCACUCAGCGGUCAAGUAAGUAUCACUCUUAUUGCCACUGGAUUCAAACGCCAAGAGGAAAAUGAGGGGAGGCCCCUCCAGGCAAGUCAAUUAGCACAGGGAGAUGCCAACUUCGGAAUGAGUCGACGCCCUUCUUUCACUGAAGGUGGGUCUGUGGAGAUCCCAGAGUUCCUAAAGAAGAAAGGGCGCUCACGCUACCCAAGAGCAUGAAAUAACUUUAUUUUUAUUGUAAUAUUCCUCUCCUCUUUCAAAGAAAUUUCUCCUUCAAUCCGACAUCCUGUCUUAGGAAUUUGAAACUCCCCUUUCUAGUGACAACUUACUGCUCAUGGCCUUUUUUUAGUGGGUUUCUGGCUCUGAAAUGAUAUAGAGUAUCCUGGUUUGAAAUGUAGCAGUUCCUAAAUAAAAGGUUUCAGAUAUGGUUUUCUUUCUUUCGCCUUGAAUUGAUGAUGUUAAAAAUACAACUAGAAAGUUUGAAAUUUUUGAGCUUGUUAGUAGUGAAGCAUUAUUCAAAUUA